AUGUCAGGGAGAAGACCUAAGAGAUCAUUCUCUAGUACGAUGCCUAUAGACCAUUUAUCAUCGCCUCCACAAAUGAAAUCACAACAUAUUUAUAAGAAUCUACAUAGUUUAUCAACAAGAUACAACAAUAAAGGAAGAAGUACUCCAAUAUCUGAAAGAGAAAUCAAUGACAUGACUUCAAAAAAUUUUAUACCUAGUUCCCCUAUAGCUGAUAGCAGAGAUUCAUCGCGAAGAAUUCUGGAGAAUGUUGUAGUGACAACAGAUAACAUUGAUAAUGGUGAUAUUGAUGAAAAAUUCGAUUCUAUGGAUGGAUCAUCACCAUUGAAAAGAAGACGUACAAACUAUAAAUCAAAUGGAUUGUUGAAAGGUUCUUCAUCUCCAUCAGUAAGCAGUUCGCCAAGUCGUUCAAAACUCUUUAAAAGAGAUUCAACUAAAUAUAAGAUUCCAGGAACUUUAGAAAUUUUAACGAUAACUAAAAAUUCCAACGUUAAGAGAAAACCAGUACUAAUGACAUUUAUUAAUGAUAAUAGUGUUAACCCAUAUAUCCAUUUCACUUACAAAAGUAUAGAAUUACCUGAUUUAUACAUUGAUUUUAAUAGAGAUUGUGAAACUAUCAUGUUUGAUAGAAAAUAUACAUGCUUUGCCUUUAUCUUUAAGAAAAUACGAACGUGUAGUAUAGAAAAUAAUGAAACAAGACAUACUAAAAUUUUAUAUUGGUCAAAUAUGAAUAAUAAUAAUAAUGAUGAUAGAAAAUUGAAUAAGAUUAAUCAGUACCUUGUUAAAAGUAAAGCUGCAUAUAAUAUUAAGAUAUUAAAGACUAAUACAGACAUUUUAAACGAAGUUACAAUUCGAAAUAAUCAAUUAUCAAAAGAAAAAUUCAGAUCAAUAGCUGAUGAAACAUCAAGAGAUAUAUUUAAUGAAUUUAAUAAGAAGAGAGAUUUACCUGCAUCCUUUUUAAGUAAGAAUUUUUUAUCCUUACAAAAUAAAUCGACACCUUCUUUAAAUCACAGACCACUAACCAAAUCUGGAUACUCUAUUCAAAUACCCAAAAAUCAAUCACACGAUUCUCGUUCCUCGGGACCAACAAGUAUAUCCUCAGGGUCCUUUUACAGUAAUUCAAAACCUUCUUUAAACGAUCAUAAACUGUCUGACAUAAGAAAAUCAAAUCGAAUUCAGAAGAAGAUUAAUAUUGAAGACAUUUCAAAGGAAGAAGGACAUCAAGAGAAACCAAAAUUGUUUAAACCGAAAUUGAGAUAUAAAUUUAAUGAUGACAGCAAAUAUACUAUUACUAAUCAAGAUUUUAAAUGUCUUUACAAUAAUGAUUGGAUAAAUGAUACAUUGAUUGAUUUUUUCACAAAAUAUUAUGUCACAGAAUCAAUUUCAAAAGGUAUAAUUCAAAAAGAUAAGGCAUCUAUAAUGUCAUCUUUUUUUUAUACAAAAUUAAUAAGUGACCCUCAUAAUUAUUACGAAAACGUUAAGAAAUGGGUUCAACAUUCAGAUUUAUUUUCCAAAAAAUUUAUAAUAAUUCCCAUUAAUGUCAAUUAUCAUUGGUUUGGCUGUAUUAUAUACAACUUGGACGCUCUAUUUAAAUUUUUAGUGGUAAAGCAAAAGGGGGAGACAACGGACCCUACCCCAGUAAACGAUAAUACCGAAAAGACUAGCGAAAAGACUCAAGAAAAUGAAGGCACUACAACAUCAUAUAAUGAAAACAGGCCCGUCAAGACUGGAGAAACAGAUAGACAUGAUGAUAAUAAUGUUCUCCAUUCUGACGACAUAACAGAAGUAGCACCAAUUGUUCAAAUUUUAACGUUUGAUUCCCUGAGAGGCAUCCAUUCUAGAGAAUUGGACCCUAUUAAGGAUUUUUUAAUUGCAUACGCCGAAGACAAAUAUUCUCUAAUCGUUGAUAAAUCUUGGAUAAAGAUGAAAACUUGUCUCGUGCCACAACAACCGAAUAUGAGUGAUUGUGGUGUUCAUGUAAUUUUAACAAUUAAAAAGUUUUUUGAGAAUCCGAAGGAGACUGUCGAUGUCUGGAAUUCAAUAAGUCGUAAAAAUAAGGAGGCUUCAAAAUUAGUAAAUGAAUACUUUGAAAAAAGUAAGAGAAACGACAAUGCUAGAAAAGAAUUACGAAAAUUCUUAUGGGAUUUACAAGCAACCCAAAUUAAGUUGAUGAAAGAAAAUAAUGAAAAUAACGACGAUUCAGAGGAUGAAGAUGAUAAUUAUGAAGAUGAAGACCUUGAAAUUAUUGAAAAUAUUCCUGAAUUACAGAAGGAUAACGAGGAAAAAGGCACUGAAAUUGAAGAGGGAAAAAACAGUCCACAAGACGAGAAGAAUAGUGAUUCAGAAGAAAAGAAUCAUACUAAUAUCAUCAGUAGUACCCAAAAUGAGGUGAAAGAUAUAAGUGAAGAGAAAAAUGAAAAAGAGAUAGAAGACGAUGUUGAAGAUAAAAUUGAUGAAAAUGAAACUUCUAAUCUAUUAACCAAUGAUGCAUUAAAUGAUUCAAAGACGAAUCAACUUUCCUCUGUUCCACCAAGCCCAGUAGGUAAUGCUGAAACAUUUGAAAAUGAUAUCCGUCAUAUAUCAACAGAAGAUAUUGGUGCAGAAAGUACUGAAAAACCAAUCGAAAUAAAUCUGAAAACUAUAAUUAUUGGCAACAAAGUUUUUACUCCGACCUCAGCUGAACACAACACGAUUGAUUCUGAUGAUGAAAAAUCUCUUUCCGGGAAUAUCAUUUCUCUUCCAAUUAACGAGACAAAAGGAAGAAUUAGUUCUAAAUAUUUUCCAAAAAAUUUAAAAAGAAGAGUACUGGGAUUUAGAAACGAAAAAUCUCCUACUCUAUCGGAUAAAGAUUACAGAGAGAAUAUAACCGACGAUGAAAUGAGUAAUAAUAAACUGUCCUCAACAAACAAUGCUUAUUUAGAUGAUAUAGAUAAGAAUAAUAAGGAUUCCGACACUUCAUAUCAAAAUAUAAUUAUUUCUGAUAUCGAUAAGGAUGACGACGUUAAUCUUAUAGGACAGAGUUCCAAUAUAUCCUUAUAUCGAAACAAUAUCGUGACGUCAGAACCUGACACCAAUAAUGGUAAUAGCUCUCAAUCAGAUGAUAAUAUUAGUAAUAUUAAAAACAAUAUUAAUCGUGAGUUAUACAAUAAUGACUCUUCAAAUUUUAUAGAUUUGAGUUCUCCGUCAAAAAGGGAAAGAUUAGAAUUCUUAGAAAAGGAAGAUAAUAACAAUCCAUCAGCAACAAUUUUCUCCAAUACGUCUGACUUGGAGUAA